AUGAUACAGAGAUUGAAGGGUAGCCUUGGUUCAACAGUAAAGUUGUUCCAUUGCGACCCUGGGGUCAUGGGUUCGAACCCUGCUCAUGUUACAGCCAGAUGUUGUAUAAAAACCACAAAUCUGCUUUAUCAUAUAAAAUUAAGUUACAAUACAACCACAUUAAUGAGCCAAGAGUUGAGCUGUAAAAUUUAUUGCAUGUAUACACCGAGGAAUUUUAGCAUCCUCCUCAAUACAAAAAAUAAAAAUAAAGGAACAAGGAAAAGGAAAACAAAAACAAAACAAAAACUGGAGCACGAAGUUUGUUUGUCGGCUCUAAAAACCAAUUAG